AUGCUGCAGCCUCACACUCCCACCGAUUCCGUCGUAUCUCUAGAAAAUGUACACUGCACCAUCGUAGCUACCCGGAAGGUAGAGGGACAUACCGACUAUGCCAUCCGCGUGCAGACCGAUCGAUUCGGCGGCGAGGACCUCGUGUACCGCCGUUUCUCGUCCUUCCUGCAGCUUCAGCAGCUCGUUCGUCGCUACUUUCAAGAGCAGGCGGUGUGUUGUGGCGGCGAUAAGAGCUGCUUGCUUGCAUCCUGCCUCGAUCGUGUGUUCGCCGACACUGAGUUCCCUGUAAUGCAGGGUCGCUUACUGGGUAAGAACUCGAAGAGCGUUGUGCGCGAGCGCGUGCUGUUCCUGAACGCUUUCCUACUGGAGCUUGAAGAGGCGCUGUGUAAGUGCCCGCCUGUGGUGAUGGCCCGUUGUGAGAAGCAGGGGUGCAAGAUUACCAAGUUACUGAAGAGUUUCUACGGCUGUAUCGGCGUGCCAGGCGACGACUCUAUCUAA